AUGAAAGGGCAAGCGGUGAACGCUUUGCGCCUCGCCACAUUGUGGAGUGACCCCCUGAGAAACAUCCCUGGAACGUGCCGCUGUCCCGUUGGGAUAUUUUUGAAAUUGGAUUUCUUUGCUGCUCCUCCGAGGACUCUCGUUCGGAGCGGAGCGUUGUCGGUCCCGCUUCUCAUCCCGCAUUUCCACACCUCCGCCUCCUUCCCCCCGGCGCCCUCCGCGCACCGCCUCGCGCUCUCUCACGAGACGCAGGUGCGCGUGGCGGAUAUUCCGGGGCGCCCCAAACCACAGCGAGUUGAACCUGCGCCGCCGCCUACGCGAAGCAAAGCAAAGGACUAUAUAAGCAUCUUUCCAAAACACCCAACUACAGAAUACAAAGAGGAUCUACAAUUAGUUCCAUUCGAGUAUGAAACACGCCUGAAUGUUGCUUACCGUAACAAACCCGACCCAGGGAAAGGGCGUGAGGCAGGCACGCGGAAGGAGAACAGCGUGCGGUGGGCGAGAAGGCGACCGUCAAAGGCCAGAGGGGCGGGUGGAUGCGGCGAGCGGGCAGGCAGUCGGCGGUGGCUGCUCGGGCGGGCGAGUGGCGUGGCGGACAGUGGAGCACGCAGCACAGAGCGCGGAGCACGCAAGCACCCCUGCGAUGGCAUCGGCUGUGGGGAUGGUGGUGCCGAUGAUACAGUUAAAGUGGUAGUUCAAACGAUUUUGUUCGUGGACGCGAAGGGGUUGGAGACGAAAUUUAUGUUGUGUUGUAACACUGAUAGGUCACAACAACUGCAACGAUGGCAAAAUGAGAUAGAGAGGGUGCACAGCUGGACCUUAUCGACGGCUGAGGAGACGCUACCGUUGAAACGGCUGCUGGUCACAGCUCUGGUCAGGGGAGCCUGGACGGGUCUUCUUCUUCCUGUGGCGUUUGCCGGCUUCAGGAUAACAAAAGAUAACAGUAAAAUCCACCUCUACCCCACCCCCGGGGCACGGAGCAGUGAACGCAGUUCUGUUGGGGACUGGGCGCGGAAGGAAGGGUGUGGAUCCGCCUUCGUUAGACGUACUACCGCCCUCUUCGCCACAGACCUCACUCCUACACACCUUCCCCCACUCCUAACGCCUCCGCUCUCCGCAGAAAGGAGGCGCAGACUAAAUCAGGUCGGCGCCUCGUUACGGACUGGCCGUAUCUCACAGAGCAACAGGAGCGAAGUGUCUUCAUUAGCAAAGACCACCAGGCAGGCAGGCAGGCGGGCCGACCGGUCGGUAGGCACCACCCCUCGUCCAGUACCCUCCGCUCUCGCCCCGCUUUCUCUCUCCUUGGAUUCUCAGCCCACGCAUCUUGCUCGCAGGCUUCGCUGCAGGUAUUGUACUGGUUCUGGUUUAUUUAAAUAUCAGUAUUUGACAUCUUAUACCGUGAACGGAGCACCCCGAGUUCCUAUUAGUCUCCGCGCACAGCUUCCAACUCGAGCAGACCAGACGGACACUGGGAAACGGGGAGGAGAGGCGAAUAGACAGAAAGAAAGAAAGAAAGAAAGAAAGAAAGAGAGAGAGAGAGAGAGAGAGAGAGAGAGAGAGAGAGAGACCCAGGGUAGUGGAACUAUCCUUCAUUCUUUCAUUCCACUAUGUGAAUAUGGUGCCAAUCGUAUUAUUGAUCCGAUAAAUAAUGCGUCAUAUGAGGUAAAGGCACUAGCAGCUGACAUGUCAUCAGAAGGCGACACAUUCAAAUACGCAAUAGCCUAUUCAACUCAAAAUCAUUGCUACAGUAGUACGAUAGUUACUUGUUUACGUUGCAGAUGGCUCCGCCGUACAGAAAUCGUGCAGAGCGAUAAUUUCAAGUAUGAUUCCGAAAAGAUACAAAAGGGAUUGGCAUCCAUUAUUCGCCUCUCCGCGUCCUAUGUGCGCAGUACGUCGUGCGCGCAGCUGGGCAGGGUGGGGGCAGGGGAGAGUCAGCUGGCGCCGCGCCUCGCCGCCUCUUCGGCGCUGCUGGUCGGGGGAAGAGAGCGUCCGCGCUGGAGAGGAAAGGGCGUGGCGGGGGCGCGGGCGGGGCAUUUGCAUGGCAAUGCUCCGCUUAAACGCGGCCGGGGGCUGCGGCGGCUCCUGGGGCGCGUGAUUCGCUUGCCGAGCGGCGCCGUGUGCGCCCUCCGCUCUCCGAACCCCGCUGCCUCCCCGCUGCCUCCCCGCUGCCUCCCCGCUGCCUCCCCACUGCCUCCCCGCCCCUCCAGCGCAGCGCUUUCCCGCCUCGCCGUUCCCCUGCCUCCCAAGGUCUCCGCCUCCGUACUUCUCCGUCGUCGCACAUCCCUGCUUCCCCUCACGUCCUCCUCCACACUUCCCCUCCUCUGCAUAUCCACGCCUCUACACAUUCACGCCUCCAGAGAUCGCCACCUCCACGCUUACCCGCUUCCGUGCCUCUACAAUUCCCCGCCUCUACACUUCCCCACCUCCGCACUUCCCCACUUCCGCACUACCCCUCCUCUGCACUUCAAUGCCUUCGUACUUCCAUGCCUCCGCACGCCCCUGCCUCUACACAUCCCCGCGUCCACACUUACGCACUUCCACGCUUCUCCGCUUCCACGCUUCCCUGUUUUCAACACAUUUAAAUCUAGGAAUUUUGUAGAAAAUGUGGGACUGGAUGAUGAUAUCAGGUCAAUUGGAAAAGGGAAAGCUGAGGGUGAUAUGCUGUGUGGUCUACUGAAUGUGCCUGCACCUGUAUCAAAGAUUGAAAAAUACAACACCAUACUGGGUUUCGCUGCUAAAGACAUUGCUUUAAUCAGUAUGAAGGAAGCAGCGGAAGAAACUGUGUUUUUAAAUAAUAAUGAUCGUAACAUAAGUGCAACUUUUGAUGAUGCCUGGAAAAGGGAGGUCAUAUGUGAAAAAAUGGCGUUGAGACAGUGUCCAGUACUGACACGGGGAUUGGCCAGGUCCUACUCUUUUGAAUGUUUCUAUCCCCGGACACAAAAUCCAAAUGAGAGUGUGCAUAAUGUAAUUUGGAAUCGUCUCCUCAACCCAGUUUCAUUGGCAUUAAUACACUUUUAUUGGCAUUUUGGAGUAUAUGAUGCCCUAGACACAUUUAACAAAGAUAAUAUCGUCAAUUGUCAAGUGUUACGAAUUUUAGGAAUUGAUGCUGGUCGCAACGCCGUUGAGACAGUGAAGAGAAUCGACACUUCAAGAUUAAGAAAGACAGAAAACAAACACUCAAGGAUCACCAACGAAGCCAAAGAAUAUAAAUGGAGCAUCAAGAGAAAAUUAUUAAUGGAAAGUGAAGUUGAUAUUGAUGAACCUAGCUAUGACAUUAGCAACAAGGUUAAUUUUGAAGAAAUACAAGCAAAAAAAUUAACUAGUUUCACUAUGUGUCUCGUAGAACGUAAUGUAGAAAGCAACUAG